UUAACACCACCGAAGGAGCGUCAAAGGAUACGCCAAAAUGAAGAGCUUCCUUCUAUUAUUAGCGAGUGUCGCUAUUGCGACUUGCAAGCCGGCUGGGAGCGACGAUGACGUUGUUGGCUCAGUCAUCGGGGUCGUGAAGGGCUGUUCCGAAGAAGAUAUCUCAUUGUGUCUAAAGGAAAGGGCAUUGAAAUAUGUCGAAAAUAUUAACUCAGCACGAGAAGUGAGCCUCACUGACGGUAUCAGCCUUAUCGGAACCGGCUCACCUCGCUCUGCUAGGUCCUUCGAACCGCUUCCCGAUGAACCUAAAGCCAGAGAGAACCAAGUUGAAUCUAGACUACUGGAUGCUGCUGCGGAAUUCUUAGAGAACCACGUUAUCCAGUUACGUGUACCAAAGAACACCGUCGACGAUGUGAAGCGGUCUCUUGAAGAAGGCCGUGGCAAGAAGAAGAAGCUGAAGCAGCUCCUGCCUAUCCUCGCUCUUCUCCAACUGAAGGUUCAAUCUUUAAUUCCUCUCUUCCUCGGAGUUAUCGCCUUCGCCGCUGUCAAGGGUCUGAUGCUCGCAAAGGCCGCUCUUCUUGCAUCUGCUCUCCUACUUCUGAAGAAACUUCUGUCCAAACACGAUCAUCACGAAAGCUACGAAGUAGUAGCUCAUCCUCAUCAUGAGGAGCAUGUAAGUCAUGGAGGUGGCCACGGUGGUUGGGGAAGAUCAUCACAGGACGCGCAUAACUUGGCCUACAGCGCUUACUCAAAUUGA